GUGACAUUGCUGUCGCACACGGUAGUGGUCUUGCAGUACUUCAGCAAAUACCGGGGCAUAGCAGUAGGUCUCCUGCUAACAUCAGGUCCCAUCAGCGCCCUUUUAUUUCCUGCGGUGAUGUCUGCCCUGACUGUUGCGUAUGGGUUCCGCGGAGCCUUGACUGUCUUCAGUGCUAUCAUCAUGAAUAUAUUCGCGUUCAGAGUAAUGCUGAAAGAGCCGCUUUGGCUUAGCUCUGCAGGAGAAAGGACACAAAGACAUGUUCAACGCAGAAGGCAGGUGUUGAAGACAACCAAACAGCUAACUGAGUGUGACGUUUCACUUCUCACGAAAGCGGACGAACCGGCUGGCACCGCCUUUUCGAUACAAAAGCUGCUUCACGAGGCUCACAGACGCAGCAUAUCGAACUUAGAAGCGGAAACGGUGGACACUGAAGAAGAUGUUUCCAAAACAGAAAUAUGUUUUACGGAACACGACAUCUUGAGUCCCAUGAAAGACGCCUGCUCUAAACACAGCGAAGAAUUUAUGUUCGCUUUCCAAGGCUUUAAAAAGAGUUGCGUAACCAAAGUGGAUCGGAGCGAGUCCUUGCUAUCAGAUAAACAAGACGCUCAGGCUAGACUUCUUUUAGGCCCUACGAAUUCAUUAACUAGUCCCGAUGCGCAUCUUGACGAGCUGUCUCAGGAUAAUACAACGGAAAAACAAUCACCUCAAGUUUGUCUGGCAUACAGGAAAAUUGACAAGGACGUGACAACAAUGGCUCGCGAAUAUGCAGGCGGUAAACCUGCCGCUUCGAAGGCCAUAGUUUCGACAAUCUCGCGACAACUGCUACUUAGGGCUCUUCGGAGCAUCGUUCCAACCACGUCGUCAACAGCGAGCUUCAUUGCAGCCGUCUUAGCUUCAAUGCUUCUGGACUACGUGAACUCAGUGCACCUUUUCACAAUGGUGGACUACGCGCGUGACAAGGGCGUCUCCCAUACGCAUGCUUCAAUGGCCCUCACAUACGCAGCAGCACCGGAGAUCUUUGGGCGUCUGCUUUUACCUUACAUCGCGGAUAUCGGUUGGGUGAGCAGACCAUCUUUAGCCUGUGCAUGUACGAUAGCAGCCGGGAUAGUGUUCGGAGUCACUCCAGAGACACAGCAAGUAAUGCACCUCGUCGUUCGGGCGCUAUCAUCGGUGUUAAUGGCGGUACUUUUGACAAUGAGGCAAGUGCUGGUAGCUGACUACAUGGGACCCGAAGCCAUCAAUCUGGUCUCAGGAGUGUCGGGCUCGCUUCUUGUUCCAGUACUGUUGUGCAACCCGAUGAUAUUUGGUGCAACACAUGUCUACACAGACCAUCACUAUCGGAAACUGUACAGACGACAGAUAUAGAUAAUUCGAGCGUUAUUUCCGGGACAGAAUGGGCACCUAUGACAACCUCUACCGCAUCGUGGCCGGAAUUAUUUGCGGCGCUGGACUUGUUCUUUUUGUCUAUUUAUUUCGCUCAAACAGGUCGAAAAGGACAACCAUAAAAAGCAGUACAGGUGCAUUGUGAUGCUACAAACAGUGCAACUAGAAAUUAUUGGGAGCUAUAUACUGCUACCGUAUCGAGAUGUCGCAUAGAGUGAAAACGCCAUAUGCGUUACAGUAAUAUCAGAUGUCACAGUGCUCAAGACAUGCAAAAAAUCGCAUGCAUAUUGCCACUGAUCGUAGCAACUUCUGCUGUUAUUCUUAUUGCUAACACCUGUACUUCAGCCAAAGAAAUGCUUCAGAGUCAGCUGGUUUCUGGAUACGUCACUUUCUGUAUUGUUAAUCCGGUGCCAUUCACCACCAAAAUAGAGGACUGUUUAGUGA